UAAUGUAAUAUAAUGGCUUUCAAAUUUUGCAGAGCUGAAUUUCAUCGGGAUUCUCAUUCCCUUCCCCAUUCUCCAUCAAGUGAGGGAAGAGAAGAAGUUUCUUCGUCCAAAAACAAAGAAAAAGUAACGCAAGAAGUUUUGGAAUCCUCGUUGCCUUCAAGGUGUUAGUUAAAAUAAAUGCCCCAAUCAGUUUAUGGCUUCAAAGUUCUUUGAUUUCCCCAUUCGCUCAAAUUUCGGCGCCUACCCUUUUCAUCUACCCAUGAAAAUUGCCAGAUCGAGAUGCAGAAGGUGGAUAUAAAUCUGGGGUCACCAUUCUUGAAAUUUCCUUUUUGGGGGAUAUUGAAACAACAACCAAACAGCCCUUCUUUCCCUUUUAAGAAGCUCUUCCGUCGCCUUCCUUCCCUAUCCAUAUGAGAGCCUUCAUGGAAGUCUCAGCCGAUGAUCGUCUUGAUUUUGGGAAGAUGGGUUAUGGAUGCCAGCAUUACCGUAGGAGAUGUAAGAUUCGAGCCCCUUGCUGUAAUGAAAUCUACCCCUGUCGCCAUUGUCAUAACGAAGCUACGAGUGUGAUGAGCAGACUCUCUGAUCGUCAUGAACUCAAUCGUUUUGACGUUAAACAAGUCGUCUGUGCAGUCUGUGACACGGAGCAGCCAGUUGCUCGAGUUUGUACGAAUUGUGGUGUUAAUAUGGGGGAGUACUUUUGUGAAAUAUGCAAAUUCUUUGAUGAUGAUAUUGAGAAGGGGCAGUUCCAUUGUGAGGAUUGUGGAAUUUGUAGGGUUGGCAGUCGAGAAAAGUAUUUUCAUUGCAAGAAGUGUGGAUCGUGUUACCAUGUAAAUUUGCGUGACAAUCAUUCGUGCAUCGAGAACUCUAUGCAGCACCACUGUCCAAUUUGUUAUGAGUACCUUUUUGACACGCUGAAAGAUGUUUCUGUUAUGAAAUGCGGACAUACGAUGCAUCUUGAAUGUUACUCUGAGAUGAUAAGUCGUGAUAAAUACUGUUGUCCGAUUUGCUCCAAGUCAGUUGUCGACAUGUCCAAAGCAUGGAAACAAUUGGAUGAGGAGAUUGAAGCAACAGUCAUGCCAGAGGAAUAUCGUCACAAAAAGGUUUGGAUUUUGUGCAAUGACUGCAACGACACGACAGAAGUGUACUUUCACAUAAUUGGGCAGAAAUGCUGCCACUGCCAAUCGUACAACACGCGCGCCAUUGCUCCUCCAGUUCUCCCACAGUGAUAGAUUCUUAUGUCUCCAAAAGAAGUAGCAUCUCAAAGUGAGAUGUUAAGGGGGGUUUGGUUUGCUUCUGUAUCAGUUAUUCUUCAUUAAUGUAACUUCAAAGAUUGCAUUUAUGAUUCCAGAAGUGAAUUGGGGAAAUUCAGCUGUGGAAUCUUUGAAACUGUUCUCUUUUUUCAGGUUAUUCUUCCUCCAUCUUGGUGGAGUCUUAAAGAAAAACCCAGGUAUGAAAGAAUGCAUGGGGAAUGAAUUUGUAACCAUAUUACAUUUAAAAAUACCAACUUAAGUGAAUACCUUUACUAUUUAUUGUUGUAUGAUAUAAAAUACUAAAUUCAGAGAGAUUCAUUUC